UAGGUUAUGAGCACAGCACGUGCACGCGCAAAGAACUGGAAACCAGGUGGAGAAACCAGAAGGCACACAACACCGGCUACCAUAUUCCUGUCUGUUUGUAGACAUCUAUUUAUCAGACAUCGUGAAUUGCGCUUUCAAGGGACACACAUGACACGAGGUGUCUUCAAUACAAGCUGGUGCAGGACAGGUAAAAUCUUAAGAACCUUCUCAUAGUAACGUUUUUGCUCCUACUGCGUCCUAAGCCUGAGCUCCCGCUCAGCGCCAAAAAUCCAAAAUCCUCAGAGGGAUCUUUAUACAACAGGAUCCAUCACAAAACGAAAAGGUAACGUAACAUCAGUGUUCAGAAAUGGCCUCUGGUUUUGGAGCGACUUGCAGCCCAGGGACACCUUAUAGGAGCCACGACAUACAGCCAGAUGAAGAUGCUUGUGAGGAUGAUGCCUGGGACCCAGAUAGGCUGGUGAAGUGCCCUUACGACCCUAACCACUUGAUAAGUCAGAGUCGAUUUCCAUAUCACGUUCUCAAAUGCAAAAAGAACCAUCCAGAAUUGACAAGUGAACUGAAAAGCUGUCCCUACAACGCACGACAUAUGGUGCUGAAGGACAAGCUGGCUGGACAUUUGACCACCUGUGCUGAUCGGCAAGCAGUGGAAAAGGAAAGGGCUGGAAAAUCAGAUAUGUUAAAAAAAUAUGCUGUACCAGUCAACACUAUGACUUUCCCCACCAGCGAGGACUGGGAUAAAGAGGAAGAGACUAGCGCAACUCUGUUUGUGUGGGAGGUGACUUCUCAGAUCCGCCCCAUUCCACAAGUCACAAACAACCUGAUUCCAGGACUCAGAACUCCACAUGUUCUCCCAUGGAAAUAGAUGGAUGGACACAUUGUUACUAGAAGUUGUUACUGUUGGUCAAAAUAAUUGCAGCUGAGGGCUGGCUUGAGUAAAGAUGUUUUUAAAAUGAA